AUUAAAAUAGACGAAGAGAACACAUAUUUUUCCUUCUAGUUCAAAAAAGGAGAGAACUCUUGGGAUGGACACACGGGCUGCUAUUGUUUGCUUCCUCGUGGUGCUAACACUUGUGGGUACUCCAAUUUCUGCAGAGAAUUGCGCGGUCGUUGACGACGGCGGGGAGUUUUUCUGCACCAAGCCUCUAUGCAAGGCCACGUGUGACGUGUUUGCACGUGAUAGGAAGGGCAGCCUCAAGGACUACCACUGUGAGAAGAAGAACGCCAUCAAGGCUGUUUGCUAUUGCAACAUUUGCUAGUAGAGACUGAAAUACUAGCUAGUACUUGUUACGUAAUACUUACUUCAGGAUGGACCAAAAUAUGUUAUCUAUAACCUCAUAUUAAGAGCAAGGAAUAAACAAUUUAUUAC